GUGAACUAACCCUUUAAGUAAAGCAGGGUUUGUAAACAGUGAAGUGCUUGGCAUGAUAUUAUAUAAGUGAUUUGCACUUAAAAGUAAACAUUUAGACAUAAUAUACACAAAUCUAUGAACUAAAAAGAUAAAAUAUGUUAUAAUCUAGAACAACGGCGCUCAGUCUGGCUUUUGGAGGUGCUUGCACACUUGUCCAUAAUUCUUAACAGCUUGGAGAGAUGUGUUAAGAGUAGCAUUGGAACUAAACUGAGCAACCUUGCUAUAGAAUGUAAAACCACAACAGCAGCAGUUACAUAUCCAUUGCUGGCAUCGUCUUUCAGAUAAUUUUCUAGUUCUAAAUUUGAUCGUAAACCAUGUAAAACUCUAAAAGCUAUAAACAUUGUCAGAGUCAGACGUCAAGGUCUACAUAUGCUGAAUAUGUUUGUCAUUUCAGGAUGCAUUCAGUCUGUUGCGACAUUUCACAUGAUGGAUGAUCACAAGCAAUGGAUGAGACUCCUGCAGGUGUGAUGAUGCAGAUGGAUGACACACUGUGACUGGAUGCGAGCAUUCAGCGUUCUCCUGUACUAAGAAAUGAAUAUGAGUCGAAGUGCACGUGAUUGUGAGCGGACGACUUUUAAGCGACAGCAUCUGAGUCUGUUGGACCUAAAAGAAAUGGAGUUACAGCAUGGAUACCUGUAUAAGAACACUAUCCCUGCUUAUCCUGAAUCUGUGGAGUUCUGUGUUCAGAAAGUGUCUCAUGUCACUGGAGAAAGUGGUCUUAGGGCUAUUUUUCUUGAUUCAGGGUUCAGACAGCCACCGGACCUGGUAGAUAAUGAUCAGCCCCAUUUCCUCUGGUGGAGUUUUGUAGUCACACCUGAUGACAUAUCCUCAGCUGAGGAGCGUUUCCUCACAUCUUUAUUCCCUCAUCGUAGUUCUGCCCAAAUUUACAACCAGCCACGUGUCCUUGAGCACUUCACCAACUCGAAGGCCUUCCAGGAGAAAUCUUCCUAUGGAAACUUUUGCUUCACUUUUUCACUGAAGGAGCUUCUCUGGCACUAUAGCAAGCAGUUUUGUGGUGACCAAAGUCCAGUUCUGCGUGUGUAUGAGACUCUGCUUUUCAAAAAAGAAAUUCAAUAUACAGUUGUAGUGCAUCCUCGGCACGUAAACCUUUAUGAUGAUUUUACGCGACUUCCAAGUCAGGGUGAUGGUGUGUGUGGGUUCCGUGAGGGGGUCAUGUGGUGGCGAUGUCAAGCCCCCUCUGAUAUCCAUAAUAAAAGGCUUGAAGUGAACAGCUUUGAUGGAAGAAUUGAUGUGAGACCUCAUCACAAAGAAGAAUACUACGUCUGGGAUCAUGUGUGUUUAGCUUUCCACAUGGAGCCGGGGUGGGUGUUGAACGUGGACCGGAACAGACUGUUUAAAAGGGUGAAUGCAUGUGAAGUGUCUCAGCCGUGCCUUCUGAGACCUCCGGAGACUCCACUGAGUUUAAACGAGGCUGAGUGUGUACUAGCUGAUCUUAAGGCCGAAAUGGGCUAGACUGAAACUACUGAUAGCACAUACAUCAUGUACAUAGCACAUAUACCAUGGAGACGUCUAUUUGACGUCUGCAUUUACAUCUGCAAGAUAUAUUCUUUUAGAGUGUUUGCUCAUCUGCAAUACUGGACGUUUCCUAUCAGAUGUCAAAUGGACGUAAAUUUGAUGUCUUUAUGUGUAUGAUUUAGAAUGUAUGUGAAACUGACAUCUGAAAGACGUCUGUCAGACGUUUGCACACACCAGUUGUGUUUCAGAUCAAGAGAUCUUUAACAGACAUCUUGCAGCCAUAAUUGUGCUAUCUGUAGAUA